UGAGUCAGUCAAAAAGGGCCCCGACUCCCCAGCCCUCCCAGCAGCCUUGAGCAGCAGGACUCUGACCUCGCUUUGCAAACACAGCCGCCGGAGAGGAGGCUAUGCUGGGGCUCGGGACCAGAAGGAGUCGGCUGCUUGCUGCCUGAUCCAGGAUUGAUAGGACCCCCGGAGGAAGCUGCCUAUAAGCAAGGAACUAUGGAGUCUUUGGACCUCGUGGAAGACCCUCGGUUCGCCCCUGAACUGAUCCACCUGCUGAUCCACAAUUUCAGCAUCCCGGUCGCCUGCUUCUCCCACCCACCGACCGCCCUGCAGCUGCUUCAGCAGCAGAACCUCGUGGACCUCGCCAUCACCGGCAUGGCGACCUUCCUCACGCUGCUAUCCGUCAUCAUCUUCGUGGAAGACGCCCUGUACCUCUCUAGGAAAGUCCGCUGCUUCGUCAAGAUGAAAACCCUCAUCUGGAGCAGCUCCGCGCCCACCGUGGUCUCGGUGUUCUGCUGUUUUGGGCUCUGGGUCCCCCGCUCCAUGACUGUGGUGGAGAUGGCCAUUGGCGCGUAUUUCGCAGUCUGCUUCUACCUACUGAUGCUGAUCAUGGUGGAAGGGUUUGGGGGCACGGAGGCUGUGCUCAAGGCCUUGAAGGACACCCCGAUGGUGAUCAGCACGGGGCCCUGCUGCUGCUGCUGCCCCUGUUGCCCUCGCAUCACCAUGACCAAGCGAAAACUGAAGCUGAUCAUGUUGGGGAGUUUCCAGUACGCCUUCCUCAAGGGAGCCUGCAUCUUCCUGGGGCUUGUUCUGACCACGGAGGGCUUGUACGACACCUCUGACAUAUCAGCCACAAGCGUGGCUCUGUGGAUCAACACCGCCCUGGGAGUGUCGACCUUAUUUGCUCUGUGGGCAAACGCGGUUCUCUUUCGGCAAGCCAGAACCCACUUGUCAGAGCAGAACAUGGGCUGGAAGUUCGCCUGCUUCCAGGUCCUCCUCAUCCUGACGGCCCUGCAGCCCUCCAUCUUCAGCAUCCUGGGGAAUGGCGGCCAGAUCGCCUGCUCCCCACCCUUCUCCUCCAAAGUGCGAUCCCAGAUGAUGCACGCACAGCUUCUGGUCCUGGAAACCUUCGUUCUGGCUGUGGUGACCAGGAUGUAUUACAGGAAGCCGGACGACAAGCCAGGCUGUUGCCCAGCCAGAGGUUUGCCAGAGAGCAAAGCAGAAAUCGGUCUCUCAGCUGCCUAGGAACAGGAGUGCCCAGCAGGGCUAUCAGAGCCCCCCAACCAUCUUGCCAGCAUUUGCUCUGGGAUUUCAAGAACAACAUGUGGCCUUCCUUGCAGGGGGAAGGGACAAGGCAAAGGGCCGAUUCCGCCUUGGGAUGGGCACAUGACAUGGACAUAUGACCCUUUGUACAAGAAUGACUUCAGGACAACUGUAACAUGUGCAGCUAUUGUCAAAAGUGCCCAGGGCACAUGGAAUAAAUCUAUUUUAUGCUGUGUA